UAUCGAUCGAGCAUACCUUUGGUUGAGACGGUCCUCUGUCGAAAGGGUGUUGAGUCCAGGAGUAUUAUUGAAGCUUUCGAAGCUGUUGGCAGGCGAGGAAGCUGGUCAGCGGAUCUCCACAGAACGUCGCGACAGAGGUGAACGAGGUGGACUCGAUGGAAGAGCAGGACAGGGCAUCAAAGACAAAGAGCCUCAGUAAAUAGAGGCCGCUAUCCGCUUUUAAACGCGCCGGCUCGCCGAAAAUUCUGCAGAGUGAGGGAUUUGUUUGGGUUGGCCGCUCGGGCCCUGGCGGAAGUCCGGUAAUAAAUCUGCAUGGGGCGAACGAUGACCUAGACAACGAAAGUGUGGACUUACACUGGGCUGUAGAUGGCUCUGCGGAGAGGAUGAGGAUGGAAUUGACAGAGAGCAGAGUGAAGAAAGAAGCGUUGCAGCAGCUGGCGAGGAGAAGAGGUUGGGGCCUGGCAACCUUAACGCGAUCGAGCGCUAGAGCUGCCGGAGAAGGGAAAGACACUAAAGCCCAGCCAAUCGCGCGCGACGUGAAUCGACGUGGAGUCAAGACGAUCGCGGCCGCUCUCGAAACGCCUGCGACUUCACCAAGGCUCUAGGGCGCGCAGUUGCUUCAAUGGCUCCAAUUGCGCGCGGCGAGCUCUAGCGUCUCCAUACCUGCACCUGCAGCUGCUCGCG